AUGAGCCCGCUCCUGUUUUCGACCAUCGAAGUCACUCGACAGGUCUUUCACCGUACGGCCUUGUCCUUUGCCAUUGUGAACCUAAAACCCAUAGUCCCUGGCCAUGUUCUUGUCUGUCCAAUACGCCCGGUGCCUCGACUAUCCGACCUUAAUCCGACCGAACUUACAUCGUUGAUGAUCUCCGUUCAACGCGUCGGUCGCGUAAUCGAGCGUGAAUACCACGCUGAUGGACUUACUGUAGCAUGUCAGGAUGGCAGAGCAGCAGGUCAAACGAUACCGCAUGUACAUUUUCACCUGCUGCCUCGCAAGUAUGAAGGUGAUGCUUUCGAGGGACGGAGCGAUGAUGUGUAUCCUGCCCUCGAACGAGCCGAGGGUAGUCUUCCUAAAGACUUGACAUCGGCAUCGUCGGAGCAAAAGCCUGCACGAUUCAAGGUUGAUGCAGACGAAGAUAGGAAACCAAGGACUAUGGACGAGAUGGAGAAAGAGGCUAAAUGGUUGAGCUCGUUCUUCAACCCAGACGGGACUGCGAAGGAGUAG